CCGGCGCUACCCGCUGCCGCUCCGCGCCGCGCCGCCCCGCCAUGCAGGCCGGGCAGGCUGUGGGAGAGGCGGCGGGCUCCACCGCGCCCUCGGCGCUGCCCAGGGUGCUCUCUGCCCUCUUCUACGGGACGUGCUCCUUCCUUAUCGUACUGAUCAACAAGGCUCUGCUCAGCACCUACAGCUUCCCGUCACCACUGUUUCUUGGAAUUGGACAGAUGGCAGCCACUAUACUUAUCUUGUAUGUGUCAAAAUUGAAUAAGAUUGUUCACUUCCCUGAUUUUGACAAAAGUAUACCUAUGAAGUUAUUUCCUCUGCCUCUGAUUUAUGUUGGAAACCACAUAAGUGGAUUAUCAAGUACCAGCAAACUCAGUUUGCCGAUGUUUACAGUACUCAGGAAGUUUACCAUUCCACUUACUUUACUGCUGGAAAUCAUCAUACUUGGGAAACGAUACCCACUGAGUAUUAUAGUCAGCGUAUUUGCCAUCAUUCUUGGGGCUUUCAUAGCAGCUGGGUCUGAUCUGUCUUUUAAUCUGGAGGGCUACACCUUUGUAUUGCUGAAUGAUAUAUUCACAGCAGCAAAUGGAGUUUAUACAAAGCAGAAAAUUGAUCCAAAGGAAUUGGGAAAAUAUGGUGUCCUUUUCUAUAAUGCUUGUUUCAUGGUGGUUCCAACAGUUAUUAUUAGCUUUUCUACUGGAGACUUUCAGCAGGCAACACAUUUCCAGCACUGGACAAAUUUUUUAUUUGUUUUUCAAUUUAUUCUUUCCUGCUUGUUGGGGUUUCUCUUGAUGUAUUCUACCGUCCUAUGCAGUCAUUAUAAUUCUGCUCUUACGACAACAGUAGUUGGUGCUAUCAAGAAUAUAUCCAUCGCUUACAUUGGAAUGUUGAUUGGUGGAGAUUACAUAUUCUCCGUAUUAAACUUUAUAGGGCUGAAUAUUUGUAUGGCAGGAGGACUGAGAUACUCAUUUUUAACCUUCAGAGGAGACAGCAAGCCUACGCAACCUGGAGAUGAAGAGAAUGCACUUUCUGAGUCCAAGAGUUAGCCAAACUGCCUGCCUUGGAAGAGGCUGAAUAUACAAGUUUGUUUGGCAUUCCUGUUAACUUAAAUAAUUAUAUAUGCUGGAACAUAUUUGGAACAAGAAAAAAGGUCUACCUCAUCUACCACAGAUGUACACACAGUUCAUUGGUUUAGAAAUACUCUUGCACACCCAUGUUUUUACAAGUGGACAAGUUUAAUUUUAGCUUCUUUUUACACCAUGAACUAAUUUUUAGGAAGGAAUACCAUGAGCAAGUCUAAAGUUGUAAAUUUCUUAAUUUACCUGUAUUUUGGUGCUAUUUGUACUCAAAAAGAUCUGUGAGUUCUUGUUUAGUGUCUGCCUGUAUUCUCUAAGGCAAAACUCCCUGAUAAAGAUUACAAGGCUUGAUUCACCAUUGCCUUAUGCCAUAUGCAAUCUCUCAUAUCUGUGCAGAGAUGAAAGAUGCUAGUGAUUCAUAAUGAUUUCACAUAGGCAUUUGCUCUUGUCUAAGUUACAUAGAACAUAUGGGGCAAGGAGGAACCAUGUUUCCAGAUUGUUCCUUCGAUUCAGAAUGUGAGAAUUCAGGAUAUUGCCUAGUGUGUUCAGUAUACAUUGUGUAGACACUCUCAGUCUUUUCCUUACCCUCAAUAACUUCAUGGUGUUCUGCUAAAAUUGUCACUGUUUUUGUAAGUGAACCCUCAUAACUUUGUGGCAGAAUCAAGGAGAGAAAGAAAUUGAGAAAACACUUUUUAACAAUGAAAAAUAUUUUUAUGUAUAUUGAAAAUAUUUUUGUGUGUGUAAGCCAGUACCAAACAGGUAAUUAGGAGAGAUUACAGAGGUAAAUCAAUCGUUGUUUAAGUUUGUUCAAAUUUUAUAUCACAGUCCCUUCUCUUGAUGUUUUGUCUGUACCUUUUAAUGCUGCAGAGAAUGAUGUUUCCAUAUGCAAACUACAAGAAGAGAAACUGAUAAAUUGAAGACUGACUAUUGUUUAAAUGAGGAGGAAGGAUCAAUAUUCUGUUUUGUCUUAUAUAUCCAGUGAAAACUUAUCUGCUACUAAUGUGUGCUUAAAAUUCAGAGCAAGUUAUAAUAAAAAGCCCAGGGGGUCACUACAGUGGGAAAGACUGACCCACUGACUUAAAAAACAAAUGUCCAGACUCUGAUUGUCUGGGACAAUAGUGGCAGUGCUCUGUAUGUUUGUUUCCUUCUCUGAAAAUACAGCUGAUAAUGUCUGUCUCUGAGGAUAGAGUAUUCACCUUUGGAAACAUGGUAGAAGCACUUCAGUGCUGGAAGACAACAGAGUAAUUAAUCUUGUUGGAAGUUCCCAAUUCCCUGCAACCAUGAGCUGAGAUUAAAAAAAAAAACAAAAAAACCCAAAAAACCAAGAAGAUUUUGGAAGACUUUGGCAUGAAACCAGAGUGAUCUAAUGACUUGUUUGAUCCCUAUUCAAAUUAGAAUACAGCUAAAUCUGAAAAGCGUUACUCAUAGAUGACCAGACUGGUUUUGGUCUAAGAAACACGAGUAGCUCACACCGGAAGCUUGAGGGAAUGACUGGGCUGCCUGCUGCCUGCAUGGAUUUGAAUGGCAAGAGGAGCAGUGACUGCAGAUACUGGAAAGGAAAUUUAAGGGCACAGUCGACAUGGAAACAAAGAUCUGAGCUAUCCAGUUUCUCACAGCUGGUUAAGAGAUGUGACUGUCAUUUUCUACCUAUUGAAGACUCAGUCAGAGAAAGGGUUGCUGCGAAUGUUUUAGAGAGAUCCUCUGUUUUUAAAAAAAUUCUUGGCACUUAAAAAGCCUUCAAUAUUUUUUAGUGUAUUCUUUCAUAGGACUUCUCUUUUUCCAGAUCAUCUCUACCUCCAGAAUGCUAAUCAUUGAAGCUAAUCUCUAUGCAGUGGGACAAAGCACUGGAAGGUUAAUUAUGCAAUGAAUUACAAAAAAAAUAUGAGAGGCAUUUGAUUGCAAUACUGAUAGACACACAAUGGCAUCUGCUAAAUAAGAUGCAGUCCUACAAAGGAACAGCUAC